GCAGAGCUGAAGUCAUGGCGUCCAAAUCAGCGGGUAGCGGGGGCUGGGAGGUGGUGAAGAGGGGCCGGCGACCUGGAGCAAGCAGUGGUGGGCGAGGCGGCGGCGGUGACCGCCGGGCGCUCGGGGAGGCGAAUGGAGUGUUGAAAUACGACCUGAGCUCACCAAUCCAGACUACAAGCACUCUUUAUGAGCGUGGCUUUGAGAAAAUCGUGAAGCGGCAGAAUAAAGAGCAAGUUCCACCGCCUGCUGCAGAGUCGAAGAAACCAAUAACCAAGAAGCAACCGAAGAAGGUGACAGCCAUCACUAGCCAAAACCAGAAGCAGGGCCCAUUCCGAUGCCUGGAGGACGCACUGAAAGCACUGGAUGUGGCAGCUCUGCAGAAGGAACUGGACAAGAGCCAGAGCGUGUUCACUGGGAACCCCUCCGUGUGGCUGAAGGACCUGGCCAGCUAUCUCAAUUACAAGCUCCAGACUCCACGGAUGGAGCCCACUCUGAGCCAGUAUCCACAUGAUUAUCCCUACAGCCUCGUGAGCCGAGAGCUACGUGGGAUCAUCCGGGGGCUCCUGACCAAAGCUGCAGGGUCUGUGGAGCUCUUUUUUGACCACUGCCUAUUCACCAUGCUGCAAGAGCUGGAUAAAACCCCAGGGGAGUCGCUACAUGGGUACCGCAUCUGUAUUCAAGCCGUUCUGCAAGACAAGCCCAAGAUUGUCACCUCAAACCUGGACAAGUUCCUAGAGCUUCUGCGGUCCCACCAGAGCCGACCAGCAAAGUGCCUGACCAUCAUGUGGGCCCUGGGGCAAGCGGGUUUCACCAACCUCACUGAGGGACUGAAAGUGUGGCUGGGGAUCAUGCUGCCUGUGCUGGGCAUCAAGGCUCUGUCUCCCUUUGCCAUCGCAUACCUGGACCGGCUGCUCCUGAUGCAUCCCAACCUCACCAAAGGCUUUGGCAUGAUUGGCCCCAAGGACUUCUUCCCCCUUCUGGACUUUGCCUAUAUGCCCAACAAUUCCCUAAGCGCCAGCCUGCAGGAGCAGCUGUGCCAGCUCUUCCCCCGAUUGAAGGUGCUGGCAUUUGGGGCCAAGCCGGAAUCUUCCCUGCACACCUAUUUUCCCUCGUUCCUGUCCAGAGCCACCCCUAGCUGUCCUGCCGCCAUGAAGAAAGAGCUCCUGGCCAGCCUGACCCAGUGCCUGACUGUGGACCCCCUCAGCACUAGUGUCUGGAGACAACUGUACUCCAAGCACCUGUCACAGUCCAGCCUGCUGCUGGAGCACCUGCUCAAGUCCUGGGAGCAGAUUCCCAAGAAGGCACGGAAAUCUUUGCAAGAAACCAUCCAGUCCUUGAAGCUUACCAACCAGGAGCUUCUGAAGAAGGGCAGUGGCAGCAGUGAGCAUGUCCUCACCUGUGACACAGCCUGUAAGGGCUUGUUGCAACGGGCACGGGGUCCUCGGCCACCGUGGGCCCGGCUAUUCCUGCUGUUUCUGGUCUUUGCAGUAGGAUUCCUAUGUCAUGACUUGCGGUCAAACAGCUCUUUGCAGGCCUCCCUAACUGGCCAGCUGCUUCGAUCCUCCGGUCUCUUGCCUGUUGGCCAGCAAGUGUGUGCAAGACUCUACUCCUACAGCCUGCAAAGCUACAACUGGCUGCAGGAGACCUUGCCAGCCUGUGGCUCCCACCUGCUUGCUGUGGUACAGCCCAGUUUGCAGCUGGCCUGGACACGCAUCUAUGCCAUGUUCAGCUUCCUUUCUGCCCACUGUGCCUCCUACCUCGCCUGCUUCCGUGAUAGCCUGACUGGCUUCUCUCAGAGGGUCCAGCUCCCUGAGGCCCUGCAGCAGCUCUUCCAUGCCUUGAAGGAACUGCUGCUGCUCUUCUGUCAUAGCGUGCUGCUGCCUACGUGGCACUUGCUGCUUGCAGCCCUGGCCCAAGUCCAGGAGCAUUGCCACGAGGCCUGCAGAGGGGAUGUGACCUGGGACUGCAUUAAGACACAGUUCAGCAGAGCUGCCCAAUGGACCUGGCUCUGCCUGCAGGAUGUCACAGUGGCUUUCUUGGACUGGGCACUUGCCAUCAUAUCCCAGCAAUAGACCCUGCCUGCCUGGCCACUGGCUCUGUGACCCUGCCUGGCUGGCCACUGGCUCUGUGACCCUGCCUGCCUGGCCACUGGCUCUGUGACCCUGCCUGCCCGGCCACUGGCUCUGUGGUGGGCUGGCUAUUAGAGACCGCUGGGGAGUAGAGGAGGCAGCCCUCUUCACUUGGUGCCUGAGUUCUGCCUCCUAGGCAAGAGACCAGGUGUCUGCCUCACUUCUCCAUCUUCAGGAGACUGGGCGGGAAUGUCUCAGCCUCCUGUCCAUGGGUCUGCGAGGUCUCUCAGGCCUAGUUGCACAGCAUCCAAGCCUCCUCUGGGCUGGGAGCCUCUCUCCACUUCUCCCUGUGGUCCUCCCACUCAUCACUCAAGCAGCCACAGUCCACCUCCAAAGAGAAGUAGCCGCCUUUCCCUGUCCCUGGUCAUGACUUAAACCACAGCAGAAAAAAGGAAAGCACUUCAGGAGAGCCAGCACCACAGUGGACAGCAACAGUGUCACUUCUACCAGCAGCCUAGGUGACUGUCAGUGGACAUGCAGGCCAUGUGGACAGCCUGUUACCUCAAAACACCCAGGACAGGCACGCCUUCCUGGGAGGCCACUUGUCCCCUGCUCGGUCAGAGACCUGGCUUCUCAAGUCCAUUCUGCUCGCUGCUGGGGCUCCUCUCUAUCAGCUUGGCCCACAGCACAGCCCACCUGAAGAGCAGCGCCCUUCGUCAGGAAGGGAGUCAGCAUAUGACUCCUGGGGGGAAUAAAAGACAAGACUGGACGACUAGCUUUCUGUCUGAAUCUUCAUGUGGGGCUCCCCAUAGUUUAGGGACAGAGCAGCAGAGCCUGGGGCUUCUGCCUGGGGUGUUGAAGCAAUAAUUGAGCUUCUGGCAGGGAAAGAACCUUGACUAGGUUCCUGGGAUUCAGUUGGCUUUAGUGAUUUUGUCUGACUUAUCGAUGAUUCCUAUCCAAAAGUUUGCCUCGAUGUGAUGGGGAAGGCGGGAGCAGAGCUGGGCAGUAUUCUGAUCCUUAAUUUAUUAAUUGGCUCAUUUCAUGAGGCAGUGGGUUUAGAACUCCAAAAGAUGACAAAA